AAAUAUUCAACAGGUGAUGUUAAAUUUCAGAUGGCAGCACGAAAGCAAAGCAACCUGUUUCAAAAGUGGGUGUCAGUCGCAGUCGGUUCUUUGUGAGUUGCAGGCCAACAGUUUCGCAGUCCGCACAAUUCCUUAGUGUCGUGUUCUUCCUAUACCAUACACCAUAGGCCCCAACGAGAAGUUAAUAAAAAUGUCAACUUUAUUAAAAUGGGCUCAAAACACGACACAAGCAAAAAUGAACAACAAAAACAAUGCGGCAAACGGCGAAAGGAAGUGGAUACAUCCACCGGAUGCACUGCAAAAAGGCCACAUCGCGUACCUCGUGAAAUUCCUGGGUAAUACAGUGGUUGACCAACCGAAAGGUAUAGAAAUAGUAAAAGAAGCUAUACGUAAACUAACCUUUUCUCAACAACUACGUAAAAGCGAAACGGGUGCGAAAACACGUAAAGUAGAGUUAACGAUAAGCGUCGACGGUGUGGCCAUACAAGAACCGAAAUCUCACAAUAUCCUCCAUCAAUUUCCAUUGCAUAGAAUAUCGUAUUGCGCCGAUGAUAAAGGAGAAAAGAAAUUUUUUUCAUUUAUCGCGAAACAGCCUAACCAAGUGGAUAACGAGCAAGAAGACAGUCACGAAUGCUUCGUUUUCAUUUCGGAUAAACUGGCCGAGGAGAUAACGUUAACGAUCGGUCAGGCAUUCGAAUUGGCUUACAAACGGUUCUUAGAAACGUCCGGUAAAGACCUCGAGGCGCAAAAGAGAACCAUGAUAGCGCAACAAAAAAUCAAACGAUUAGAAUACGAGAAUAACGUUUAUAAACAACGGUUACUCGAGAUUUCGCAAAUUGGUGCUAUUAGACAUGAAUUUGAUCAGUAUUUGAAGAAACACGAUAUCAAAAAUAUUUUAGAGGUGCAAACGAACGGAUCAAUUAUUUCUUCUAGUUCUAAAUCCGAACAUACAAAUGGUGUUACUGGAAAAUUAUUAGAUUUAAAUAGUGGAUUUGAUAACAUUUCUAAUGGAAAUGGAGUUGCUCCUCCAGUUCCUCCACGUAAUUUUGAUAAUGUUCCAUCUGUGGGCACAAAAUUAGAAGGAUUAUUAUUGAGCGAGUUUGAUCAAGAUGACGACUUCGAUCCAAGAUCAUUCGAAAAUUCAAGCUCUACAACACAAUCUCUGGUCAAUGUAACGAAUGGUAACGCUUCCUCCAGUCCUCCUUUGCUGGCUCCUCCACCAAAAGCUCCAAGACGUACGAAUAUCCCCACAACAGUCGAAAAUGGAACGAAAUCUUUUGGUCAGGAUCUCUUCGGAUCAUCACCAUUCGCUCCAACUACACCACAAACACCAAACAGCGUUUCUAGUUCGAAAUCGAUCGAUCCGUUCGAAAUGGGCGAUUUUGGAUCCGCUCAGGCAUCUCAACAAGAUCUUGAAAACGCUAUCGGGUUGCUUGAUAAGCGAUUACUUGAAAUGAAGACUGGAUUUAGUCGUGGAAUAAGUUUCGGCAACGAUGAUUUUUCUUUGGAAAGUUUAGAUCCGUUGAAAAAUUAGUGUAUCUGUUUAUUUUGUCGUAUCGGCAAAUUUGAGUACCGUUUCACAGUGAUUUUUCUAAUCGUAGUUGCUGCGUUAGUUAUUAGGCUGUAAUUAAUUACUAUUUCGUGUAAUAUGUUGUAAUCCGCAUUAUUAUUAUUGUUAUUAUUAAGUAUUUGUGUAGAAUUUUCUGCAGGUAUUUGCAAUAUUGAGCUUAACACAGUAACAUAGUUAUAUAAAUGUGCUAUAUCUAGUUGAAAUUUGAGAGAAAGUGAUUAAAAAUUCAUUAAGUAUAGCGUUCUUAACAUGUUUAACUUGUUAAACUUAAAAUUGUGAAUUGCCUAUAAAUAAAACUAUGUAUAUUUCUAUUUAAAUAAAUGCACUCUAUAUUUGU